CAUGUCUGCAUGCUAAAGAAGUAAAGUACCUCCCUGUCCCAUGUGAACAUGAACGGAAUGUUGAGCAGCUGAUCAUGAGUCACCUGUGAUCCUCGAACUUCCCAUACGCUCUGCACUUCUUUGGGAACUUCAGACCUCCCUGUGUUGAUUCUAUUCUGCCUUUCUGAGGUCGCUUUCAAACGAGGUUGGGCUCACCGUAACCGUAGCACCGAAGCUAAGGCAAGGGACAAACUGAGCUAUCACCUUCAUUGCUGUGUGAAGGAAAUGCUGGAUCCUAAAGCUCGUUUGAAGGAGUUGGCAUCUAGAGCGGAGGUCCAUGUAGAUGCCAGGACACCCGCCAGAAGGUCGGUCAUGUCUACAAAAAAUGUUGGGCUUGUAAUAAGGAUGUAUCCUCUUCAGACCAGACAGCAAGUUUACUUGCCGAGUCCACUUUCUUCUACAUGGGCUAGUUUGGGGAACCACCCAAAUGGUGGCCAUGUAUAGUCUAUUACUCACAUGGCUGCAACUCGUUCAGUGGCAAAGAAUGUGUGAAGUGAAACGACUUCAUCCUCGCCCUUCAUGAGGCUGGGGAGAUGAACUCUAAGUUGUGGCAAGUGCGCUGACCUGGGGGUCUGAAGAGGUUAUGAUAAUGCUAGACCUGGUGUUGAGUAGCUUAGGCCAGCCAUAGGAAUAUCAUACAAGACGAUUGUUUGAAGACAUCUAUGUAUGGUAGUACAGGCCUUCAAAAUAGUUUGGAAAAUUCAUUGGUGUUGGUGUAAUCCCACAACUACUCAUAGAAGGGAUGAACAUGAUGGCACAUAAUAAUGAUUCUCUUUUCCUAAGAAUUUCCUGUGACAGCUUGAAGAAACCUUUUCAAUGCCCUUAUGCAUUUACACAGAAAAGGUAUUGUACGUCUUGCACACUCAGCCCUACAUCAGUUUUGUUAUGUGUCCAUGCCCUAUUUAUUUUGGGUAUGUCUGAAAGUGUAGGGGAAUUAGUUUGUAACUUGCAUACUGUGGAUGACAUACCUUAGUACUUUACUCUCAGGCAGGUUAAAAAAAAAAUAUUAACACUGGGAAGAUCAUUCAUGCACCUAUCGCUUGUCAAGUCUUAUCACCUGUGCCAACAUUCUAUGAUGUUCCUCAUUUCCAAGAUCAAUUGGAUGCACUUUUCUGCACUCACUACCUCACUCCCUCCAUGUAUUACCAGUCUGGUCGAGAAAUGCUACGGAUGGCUCGCAUUUAUCAGGAUGAGGGAGCAUUGGAAAGUGCAUACUUUCUCUUUCUCCGUUACAUAACCCUCUUCCUGGAGAAAAUCUUGAUGCAUCCAGGUCACAAGGAGGUGUCAAAAGAAGUACGCCAUGAAGCAACCAAAUCCUUGAAGUCCAUAAUCCCUAUUGCUGAAGAACUCAAGAAAAUUCUAGAAGUUACUUAUCAACAGGACUAUGAAGAAUGGUUGAAGCAAGAGGAGUUAUUAAAAGAGGAGAGGAAGAGAAAAGAGGAAGAGGAGGCAGAGCAAAAGAAGAGAGCUGAGCAACAGCCGAUAGGAGGUGAUGGUAUGAAAAUCCCAGCUGAUGGUUAUUCUCCUCCUCCAUCUUCCAAAGGUCUCUUAGAUGAUGGGAUAAGCUAUGAUUUCCUCCAGGCUCCAACUACCAAAACUCCCACCAUUGAUAGGCAAGACACUCAAUAUUCCUCAUGUAGAAACCUUCUUAACUAUACAAAUGAUAUGUCAUUGAAGCCUAGCAGCUGUGUUCGGAGAGUAGUUCUGCCAUCAGCAUUGAUACCCCGCUUCAUGUCCUUAGCGGAAAAAAAUACAAAGGCCAAUAAAGAAACUUGUGGUGUCUUGGCUGGUAAAUUGGCCCAGAACUGCUUGCGAAUGACACACCUUCUCCUGCCACAGCAAGAGGGAGGACCAGACUCGUGUAUCACCAGAAAUGAGGAGCUUCUCUUCGACUAUCAGGAUCGUUAUGAUCUCUUGACACUUGGCUGGAUUCACACACAUCCUUCCCAGACAGCUUUCCUUUCUUCUGUGGAUCUUCACACUCACUCUUCCUAUCAGCUUCUACUUCCAGAUGCAAUUGCAGUAGUUGUUGCUCCCAAGCAUCAACAGAGAGGUGUAUACUCCUUGACUGAACAUGGAAUGAGAUUCUUAACAGCUUGCCACCAACAGGGAUUCCACACCCAUCCCUCUGAACCUCCUCUUUACAAGGAGGCAAGCCAUGUGGAGUUCAGUGAAGAGGGAGCCCUGGAAGUGGCAGACUUCCGCCGGUGAUAAAGUGGUGAUCUGAGAGAAUUUGAAAUUAGUCAUAUUUAAAUGAAACAAUUUUAGUUGCUUUGAUCAUCAUAUUGGAUUCCACUUAAGUUCUUGAAUGCCCCUUGAAUUCUUUAUACAGUGUAAAUGGCGGCAGUUGAUGGAAAUAUUGAAUGUAUGGAUGAGAUGUAUUACUCUGUUAUAGCUGUGGUUGAUUUUCUAUAGUACUGCUAUCUGGCUUUUGAAUUCAAGCUUGACAUAAGAAGGAAUCUUUGUCUUGUUGACAAAGUGGAGGAUUCAUUUGAAUCACUUCCCCUUUCCCAUCAGUCUUGCUGUGCAGCACUCUUGCUCUGUUCAAAAUGUAUAGGAAAUGCAAUAGGCAUAUGUGAUUAUUAUAUUAAUUUUUUUUUACCAGAAGGGAGAAAAUAAUGUUGCGACCAAGGGCUCUGACAGAAGCAUUGAGCCAGGCAAACACAGGAGGAGUGACAGGAACCCUGCUGCUGAACAAUGAAGGAGUCCUCCUUGCAUAUUCUGGAUUGGGAGAUAGGGAAACCAAAGAUGCACGAGUAAAGGCAGCCAUUGCAGCCAAUGUGUGGUCUGCUUAUGAGCGCUCUGGUCGAGCUGCAUUCCACGAGGAUCCCCUAGACACGGUUCUUGUGUCCAAUGAGAAUGGCUGUGUGAUCCUGGUUCGUGUGGCCAAUCUUCUCCUCUGUCUCCAUGCUGACCAUACCCUUGGAUUUGGAUUGCUUAAGGCAAAGGCUUUAGCUCUGGCAAAGUACUUGGAGGAACCCCUACGCCAAGUGGCUGCUUCCUGAGUCUCUCCCCAUUUCUUCUGUGGCUCCCCUUUCUAUAUAUGAAUACUGCAUUGUGUUUCUAUGUCAUAUUAUAAUAUCUAAUUUUUA